AUGAAGCAGCUACGCAAGCGUAAGGUCGGCGCGGAGGGCCGCGACCAGCGGCAACAGCCAGGGGCGAGAUGGGGGCGUCGGCGCACGUCGUCGGCCCUCCAGCUGCUGGCGUCCCCGCUGGUAUCGCGGUCGCCGUCGCCGGCCUGGUGCGAGAUGUCGGAGAGGGAGGUGUCCUCCGACGAGGAGGUCGACGGCGGCCCCACCGCGGAGAUGGUCACGGUGGAGCUGUCGUCGACAGAGGAGGACAGCGGCGGGGAGACCGUAACGCCCGUGGUCUCGUCAGAUGAGGACGACGACCGGCGGGCGGCGAAGGCGAGGAGGAGCUACAGGCAGCUCAGGCGGGCCGUGGCGGGCGGCGAUUUUAUCCGAUGCGGAACGGAGGCUCCGUCGGGGGACCCCGCAGAGGUGGCAGCCAUUGUGGCCAGGUGCCAAUGGACGCUGCGACGGCUACAGGAGCAGGAGAGGGAGAGGGCGGCGGCGUGGGAGGCGUGGCAAGUGCGUCUCCAGCAGGCAGAGGAAGAGGAGGCCGAGUUAUGGAGGCCGCCUCCGAGGUCGCCACCACCGCCACCGCCUAAAUUGCAAUCGCCACCGCCAUCGGCAAAACUGCCGUCGCCGCCGAAGCCGUCACCGCCGCCGCCGAAGAUGGCACCGCCUCCUCCGCCGGCGUGGGUGUGGCCACCACGGCCGGAAGGACCGCUGCCGUCGUCGACGCCGCCGCUGCCGCGAGGACCGCCACCGUCGCCACCGCUACCGCCGCCACUGCCGCGAGGACCGCCGCCGUCGCCACCGCUACCGCCGCCACUGCCGCGAGGACCGCCACCGUCGCCACCGCUACCGCCGCCACUGCCGCCGCCGUCACCACCGCCGCCGCCGCCAGUGGCAAGAAGCACGCCGCCACUGCCGCAAGGGCCACCGCCGUCGGCGCCGCAACCGCCGCCAGGACCGCCGAGGCUACUCCGGCAGGUGUCGUGCCCGGAGGCCCAGGCACCGAAGAGGCCCACCUUGCGGAGGACGGUGUCGGUGGAGCCCGCCGGGCGGGAGAUAGCCCUUACGGAGUGUCCGGAGGCGGUGAGGGUCGAGGCGGAGAAGCAGGCCCAACGAGGGAGGACCCAGCGGUGGGCCAAGCUGAUGUGGUCGGAGGGGGCCCGCUACCGCAUUAAGAUGGCGGGCGGGCGGGCCAGGGUUUUCAAAACUAAAUAA